CGGCGAUCUGGCUUGGGCGACUCUGCCGGCCAUCAACCGCCAUCCAUCUGGCCGAUCGCCCCUUGGUCCUCCUCGGUCCUGCGUCUCAGCCCCGAGCAUAUCCGUCUGUCUCGCCCUGUCGCAUACCCCUCCAUCCCGAUUGACGACAGCACAAUGUCGGCCAUCUUCCACUUUGAAAGCCUCCUGCUGGUGAUUUUGCUGCUCAUCUGCACAUGCAGCUACAUCAAAGCCCAGUUCCCGUCUAUCAUGGAUCGCAACCGAACAGGGAUACUCGGUCUGUUCUGGAAGCUCGGACGAAUCGGAGAACGACUGAGCCCAUAUGUCUGCCUGUGCUGCAUCCUGAUGGCUGUGCGGAACCUCAUUCCUUCAUAAUAAAAGACAAGCCCUUUAUCGAUACAAUGGGAUCCCCCCCCCUUCGGCCAUGAGCUCAACGAACCAACGAGCCCAAGAGAGGAGUCGCCGAUGCUGAGUUGGGAUCUGCACUUGAGACCGGAGCAUAGAGACCGGAGCAGAGUGACCAGAGCAGAGCGACCAGGACGUCGCUUCAAUGGUAUGUGGUCGAUUUCCACUGCGACAAUCAACGAGCCAUGCCUUGGAGCGUCUCUCAACACCGCCGUGCCUCGGUAGAAGACCCCAAGAAUGCGCCGAG